AACAUUGACUUUUGUUGACGUGGCAAUCACGUAGAUGCCACGUCAGUGAUACUUCAUAUUUUUAAUUAAAAAUUAAAUAAAAAAUAAAAAUAUAUUGUUAUGAAAAUAUUAAACCAAAUUUUUAUUUUUUAUAUGUCACUUAAAAAAGUCAAUAAAAUAAAAGAAAAAAAGCUCUCCUCCCUUCUUCCGCCAAUCUCUCCCCACAAUUGUACCCUUCUUCCAGUAAGGGAGAGAGAGAGAGAGAGAGAGAGAGAGAGAUCUGUUUGGCUGGUUGCUGCGCUAGGCCAGUCGAAGAAUAGAGGCGAGAGGGAUCAAAGAACAAAGGCCGAGAUGAAUCGUCUUCUCCGGUGGCGGGGCCGCUUUUGUUUGAGGAUUGAAGAACAGAGGCAGAGGGAGGCAACUAGGCCGGUACCACCACCACCACAUACCCUCCUCUUCUGAUGUUUCCUGCGGCAGGAAUCGAUGAAGCAAGAACACAAAACCCCCCUCCACCCUCCUCCUUCUCCGUCUUCGUCUUCUUUACUCUGUAUCUUGAUUUAUAAACCCAAAACCCCCAGUACUCUAUUUCUUUCAUUUAUUUAUUGCCACAACCUUGAGACUCUUGAUUAUGCCCUGUCUCGGCCAAACCCAGGGGUUCUAGAUCCGAACAUGAAGAUCGGUACAACCUACUUGCUCGACGCCCAGCUCGACCUCAGCAAUUGAUCUAGAGCAAAUGGGUGAAGAAUCCGGCUGGUUUCUCCACCUGGGGAUCUCCAGAGACAAGCAAAGAAGCUCGUUCCUCCUCACUUGCUGCACCAGCACGAAGAGCUCCUCAGGCACAUCUGGCGGGCGCUGGUGUUUGGAGAUUUCUUCUAGCUUCGCUUGCUCUUCGUUUUGGAUAGACUUGACCACGACGACGGCGGCCUCCACUUCGUCGAUGGAAGGCCUCGGUUGGAGGAGCGAAAGGUCGACGAUUUCUAAUCAAUCAGGGAAGAGGGAAGAAUCGGAGGAGACGACCGACGACAAAGAUAAAGCAACCCCUCUGGUGAAGACGAGGUGACCAUCCCGACCGACGAGGACUCUAGGUUGCGGCGGCGGAGGUUGGGAGACGGGAGAGGGAAGGGUAAUUAGUUUUUAUUUUAAUUUGAAAUUUGAAAUUUUUAUAUGGAAAAUAAUUGUAAAUUAAUAUUAUAUAUUCCAGCCACAUCAGCGCUGACUAGAUUUUCUGGUAAAAACUAACAGUCAAUGCCGGUCAACUCUAACGGAAAAAUAGUUUAGGACACAAAUGUCGUAUUAGAUACUUUAGGACACAAAGUUAAUAGUUCGGGUUUCCCAGUGGUAUUUUUCCAAAUUGAUAAUAGUCUAAGUUUGUAUCAGUUCCUGUAAAUAUGAUAACAUGUAAUUAUCACGGAUUGAAAUACCGUACUGGAGGUUGUAUCGAAAAAGUCAGUAAUAUAAUAUCUUAAGUUGA